AUGAUUUUGGGCCAGCAGUUCUGGCGUGAACUGGAAGAGGCCCAGGACGCGGGAGUGAGGGCAUGCCACUCGUGGCAAGUGGACAGCACGAGCCAAACAGCAUGGCACCGUCGCUACCAUCAGUGGUAUGACAACCCCACCUUGGAAACCGACCGAGCUAACUACUGCUUUUAUGUCGGGAACUGGUACCUCACGCUGACGCUGCACCUAACUUGUGGACCAUGGGCAAGCAUGCAAGGGGACGUGAGCGUCAGCGGCGAUGCUUUCGAAGGGCUGCUGGCGUUCUUGUCGCUGUCCGAGACCCGCUCGUCGGAGGUGGGCGAGGAGAGGUCUUCCACCUUCAAGUUACUGUGGGGGCUCCACCUCGCGAUUUACGAUGCCAUGGAGGAGCUCAAAACCAGAGACCCAUCUGCGUGGCUAGCUUCCUCGAGCAAGAUGAGCAUCGAUGAGUUUCGCGUGCUGAUGUGGAGCCACGGUCUAGCUUGA